AUGGCUACAUUCCACAGCUUUUGUCUCAUGGUGGUGGUUAUGAUCAGUGUUAGUCUGAUGCUGAAAACGGGGCUUUCAUACGAGGUUCCUGCUGAACCAUCACCUAGUCCUUCCGAUGAAACAGAUUAUGCGCCAAGGCCACUGUCAUCAUAUGAAGUGUAUUUACAGCACUGUGCUGCGAAGCUAUACCCAGAUUGUGGUGACCAGGUUUUCUCAGCUAUAUUUUUUGGCAACGACACCGUUAGCAGCACUUGUUGUGAGAAACUCGUUAACGAAGUGGGAAAACGGUGCCAUGAUGAUAUGACUAAGUACUCUUUGCAAUCCCCAAAUCUCAGGAAAAACCAGUUUCAGAUCUUACAGAGGAGUGAAAGUGUUUGGAAUUAUUGUCUUUAUCUGGAUCACCCUGCCCUUCAACCUGUUCAUGCACCCUCUAUUGAACCUGUUGGUGCUGAAUCAGAGUUAUUCCUAUGA